CCAGGGAGGGUGGGGCUGCUCCUGGGACCAUCAAGAGUCCUGGGUGCCCAGACAGUGACAGCGCUGUGGCAGACAGCAGACACUUCACCCAUCUCUGCCUCCCGCUGACUCCGAUGUGCCAUGUUCCAGCACCUGUUUCUCCCACUGGUGACCCUCGCCAUCAGCCCCAUCCCAGGAGUCUCCCAGGACUCAGCUCCCAGUCCUACCCAAGAACCUGAAGAUCUGGACUGCGGUCGCCCUGAGCCCUCUGACCGCAUCGUGGGGGGCUCAGACGCGCAGCCGGGCAGCUGGCCAUGGCAGGUGAGCCUGCACCUGGGCGGGGGCCACGUCUGCGGGGGCUCCCUCAUUGCCCCCUCCUGGGUCAUCUCCGCUGCUCACUGUUUCGUGGACAACGGGACAGGGGCCAUGGAGCCCAUGGAGGAGUGGUCGGUACUGCUGGGCGUGCACUCCCAGGACCGGCCCACGGACGGCGCGCACGUCCGUGCAGUGGCCGCCAUCCUGGUGCACGACAACUAUAGCAGCGUGGAGCUGGGCGCCGACUUGGCCCUCCUGCGCCUGGCUUCGCCCGCCAGGCUGGGCCCCACCGUGAAGCCCGUCUGCCUGCCCCGCGCCUCGCACCGCUUCGUCCACGGCACGGCCUGCUGGGCCACCGGCUGGGGGGACGUACAAGAGGCGGACCCCCUGCCUCUCCCCUGGGUACUGCAGGAAGUGGAGCUAAGGCUGGUGGGCGAGGCUGCCUGUCAGUGUCUCUACAGCCGGCCAGGACCCUUCAACCUCACUUUUCAGCUGUUGCCAGGGAUGCUGUGUGCUGGCUACCCAGAGGGCCGCAAGGACACCUGCCAGGGAGACUCUGGGGGGCCGCUGGUAUGUGAGGAAGGCGGCCGAUGGUUCCUGGCAGGAAUCACCAGCUUUGGCUUUGGCUGUGGACGGAGAAACCGCCCCGGAGUCUUCACUGCUGUGGCUCCCUAUGAGGCCUGGAUCCGAGACCAGGUGAUGGGCUCAGAUCCUGGACCUGCCUUUCCCAUCCAGCCCCAGGGGCCCCAAUCAGGCGCCUGGGAGCCCAUGGAUGAGAACUGCACCAUCGCCCUGCCAGAGUGCGGGAAGGCCCCGCGGCCAGGGGCCUGGCCCUGGGAGGCUCAGGUGAUGGUGCCAGGAUCCAGACCCUGCCAUGGGACGCUGGUGUCUGAAAGCUGGGUCUUGGCACCUGCCAGCUGCUUUCUGGACCUCAGCGGCUCAGACCCCCCGCCUCACCACCUGGACAACUGGCGCGUGCUGCUGCCCUCGCGCCCGCGCGCGGAACAGGUGGCGCGCCUCGUGCAGCAUGAGAACGCCUCCUGGGACCCCGCCUCUGACCUGGUGCUGCUGCAGCUGCGCGCGCCCGUGAACCUGAGCGCGGCCCCGAGGCCCGUGUGUCUUCCUCACCCCGAACACUACUUCCUGCCCGGGAGCCGCUGCCGCCUGGCUCGCUGGGGCCGCGGCGAACCUGCGCCCGGCCGCGGCGCGCUGCUGGAGGCCGAGCUGUUAGGCGGCUGGUGGUGUCACUGCCUGUACGGCCACCAGGGGGCGAAAGUGCCGCCGCCGGGAGACCCGCCGCACGAGCUCUGCCCCGCCUACUGGGAGGAGGAGGAGGCGGGCCGCUGCUGGAACGAAUCGAGUUGGAGUCUUCUGUGCCAGGAGGAGGGGACCUGGUUCCUGGCUGGAAUCAGAGACUUCUCCAGUGGCUGCCUGCGUCCCAGAGCCUUCCACCCUCUGCAGACUCACGGUCCAUGGAUCAGCCAUGUGACUCGGGAAGCCUACCUAGAGGACCAGCUGGCUUGGGACUGGGGCCCCGAGGGCGAGGAGACUGAGACACAGACUUGUCCUCUCCACACAGAGCAUGGUGCCUGUGGCCUAAGGCCAGAGCCUGCUCCCGUGGGGCUCCUGUGGCCCUGGCUGGCAGAGGUGCAUGUGGCUGGUGAACGAGUCUGCACUGGAAUCCUGGUGGCCCCAGGCUGGGUCCUGGCAGCCACUCACUGUAUCCUCAGGCCAGGCUCUACAACAGUGCCUUAUAUUGAAGUGUACCUGGGCCGGGCAGGGGCCAGCCCCCUCCCACAGGGCCACCAGGUAUCUCGGUUGGUCAUCAGCAUCCGUCUGCCCCGGCACCUGGCACUUCGGCCCCCCCUGGCCCUCCUAGAACUGGACUCCCGGGUGGAACCCUCCCCUUCAGCCUUAUCCAUCUGCCUUCACCCAGGGGGUCUCCCCCUGGGGGCCACCUGCUGGGUAUUGGGCUGGAAGGACCCCCGGGACCGAGUCCCUGUAGCCGCUGCUGUUUCCAUCUUGACACCACGCCUCUGUCACUGCCUCUAUCAGGGCGUUCUGCCCUCUGGGACCCUCUGUGUCCUGUACGAAGAGGGGCAGAAAGAAAGGUGUGAGGUGACCUCAGCACCUCCACUCCUGUGCCAGACUGAGGGAGGCUCCUGGGUCCUCGUGGGCAUGGCUGUGCCAGGAAGCCGGGAGCUGUUUGCCACCACUGGCCCUGACGAGGCCUGGAUUUCCCAGACAGUGGGAGAGGCCCAUUUCCUCCCCCCCAGUGGCUCCCCCUACUGGCCCCCUGAAGGCGGCCACCUCUGCCCCAUGGACAUGGCAGGGGCCUCAGGCUCUUCUCCUGCUGCUCUGUUCCUGCUCCUGCUGACACCCCUGAUCCAGGGCUGAGGGGGCCUGGGUCCCUGGGCCGCCUCCCCUUUUCCUGCGCCAUCCCCUCCAGCCCUCCACUUCCCGCCCAGUGGGCCUGGAAUGUGACCUAACUGGCUCUCGUUCCCUUUGCCAGAACCUCCAGAACUCCCCACCCACCUAGACAGCAGUGGCUUCAGAUAAUUGGGUCUCAGUGCCCAGCUAUUUUGUGCCCAGGAAUUCUUGGGGGCAGCAGGAACAGACAAUAAAGUUGUCAACACA